CACCAAAUUCCAGUAGCUAGAAGCCGUGACUGCUCCCAAUCACCACGCUCACGCUUGAAGAACCAUCAUUCGCUCCAGUCUUGCACACUCAAAGAUGGCGCACUCCCUCGAAGGUUGCGUUUCGUCACUCCGCGAGACCAUGUCCUUGUUGGGCUCGUCGAUAUCGACGCUUGACGCAGGCGUGAACGAUUUCCCGCGGCUAUCGAAAGUGCUGCAAACAACACGGCAUUUUGAACUUAUCCCAGAGAGCGCCUUACAGACUGCGCAGUCCUCUUUGCUCAACGAGAUCACGCCGGAAGUUAACAAUCUUCUCGUACGUGUGUCGACGUAUUUGGACAAGCUUGAGAGGAGAGAGCAAGGCCUCAUCGCGAAGUAUGAGCUGCAGCAAGGUCGAUUGGACGCAUCGCAACAAACACCAAGCAGCUCAAGACUUGGCUCUCGUGCCAGAGGAAAGAGCGUCGGUGGAGGGGCAGGUGGAAGCCUAGGCAUGGCAGAACAACUUAAGAUGAAGCAACUUCGACAGAAGAAAGAGAGGUUGAGCUUUGCGAUUGACCGAUUGCAGUUGCAGGCCACUCAGAGGGAGCGGCAGUUGAGAAAGAGCAUGGCUGUACCGCAAGACAUAGAAUUUUAGGAUGACUAAACGCCGAGACCAUUUCGUUUGCAGUGUCUCGGACGGCUUCGCAGUUGCUGUUGAGACAUGGAGACUGUUGAAAAGACAGACGUGACUGAGGAACGACUAAGAUACCCCGAGCGGGCAGGAAACGCUCAAUAUAUAGUAUACGAAUCUUCUACUACAACACGAGGGCUUUGGCUCUUCCCGCAAGUGUCCUGUGUGGAACGGGGCUCCAUCCCCACGCAAUCCAUCUAAGGUGCACAUCUGUUGGCUGACUCUCUGUAUCCCAGAGUUCUUCCAGAGUAAAAUCACUAAAUUCCUCUUUUC